AAAAGAGCCGAUCCGAUUGUCCGACCAGUUACUCCGUCGAACCAAGAACCGAAUAUAACGAAAUCGAGACCGAGACCGAGAGAAGGAGAAAUCAUGUUUAAAGCGGGCCCAAAAGCAUUCGCCCUGAUCCUCGUGCUGGCCAUUCUGGCUCCGGUGAUUCAGGCCAAGACCGUUUACGUCCGUGUCGAGGGAAUUGUUCCGGUCGAGGAUGGCAAUAUCGAGAAUCCGACUAUUCCGCCCCGGAACGAGGAUGAGAGCACCGUGGUUCCGGAGGUGACGACCGCGGCUCCCGGCACUGUACCGCCCGUGAGCACUGCGGCUCCGGGAACUACUCCGGAGCCAGGUACUACGGCUGCUCCUGCUUCUACGGCUGAACCUGGUACUGCUGCUCCUGCUUCUACGGCUGAACCUGGCACUCCUGCUCCCGCUUCCACGGCUGAGCCUGGUACUCCUGCUCCUGCUUCUACGGCUGAGCCUGGUACUCCUGCUCCGGCUUCCACGGCUGAGCCUGGUACUCCUGCUCCGGCUUCCACGGCUGAACCUGGUACUCCUGCUCCCGCUUCUACUGCCGAGCCUGGAACUGCCGCUCCCGGAAGUACUGCCGAGCCUGGAACUACCGAUGCUUCUGAAAGUACUGCCGAGCCAGCAACCACUGCUGCCCCUGGAACCCCCGAGCCUGGAACUACCGCUGAGCCCGGAACUCCCGCCACCGGAACCACCGCUGAACCUACAAAGGAGCCAGUCACAACUGAAGACCCCUCGAAGGGAACCACCGAAAGUAGCACCACCACCGACGACGACUUGAGUCAUUUGUGCCCCACCACCGGAUUCUUCCCGGAGGACAACAACUGCUCCAUGUUCGUCCUGUGCACCUAUUACCCGGAGGAUACCUUGACCGGUUUCCGCUUCAAGUGUCCCGGGGAGAUGCAGUUUGAUCCGUUCAAUGAGUACUGCUCUCUGGCCUACGAUUGUAAUGGAAGCAAUGACUCCACGCCGUCAAGCGAAACCACCGAAGCCACUACUGAGGCGGACGAAUCUACGGGUACUACCAAGGACCCGGAGUCUACCAAGGAACCGGAAACUUCCCAGGCCCCGGAAACUUCCCAGGCUCCGGAAACUUCCCAGGCUCCGGAAACUUCCCAGGCUCCGGAAACUUCCCAGGCUCCGGAAACUACUGAGAAGCCUCAGGAGGAUACCUCCGAGAAGCCCCAGGAUACCACCAAGGCUGCGGACACCACCGAGAAGCCCGAGGACUCCACCACCAAAGCCCCCGAGUCCGGUGCUUAAUAAUUUUUUAAAAGAACAGAAAAUCGAUUUAAAAUCAUAAAAAAAAAAAUCCCCAAAAAAAUUAUGCCCACAACCUGUACCUAUCUUUUUUUUUAGUUAUUUUUUUUUUUGAGUGAAUAAAUUCUAGUUUAAUUAUUAUUAAUAAUUUAUUGAAAAUCGUAUCUGGCAUCUGAUGGGUUGUCGAGUGGUUGGCCUAUGACGGCAAUUUUCGAUUCAAUUUCAAAUUUAAGUUCAGUUUCGAUAAGAACCCUGGCGUCUAAUCGCCCAAAACGCCCAUUGGAAUGUAAAACAAAUAAAAUUAAAAACAAAUAUAUUGCUGGGGAAA